GGCCGACCCAGCACCAGUCUCGCCUCUGUGACGCCAGCCCCCACACACGGACACGCACACCGCGAGCACAGCGCUCGUCUUCUCUCCGCAGAGCAGAGAAGACCGGACAGUGCUAGGAAGACUCACGGUAAUGUGAGGAGCCGUACACAGCACUUUGAGGACACAGUGUCGUGAGGAGCUAUACACAGCAUUCUGAGGACACAGUGCUGUGAGGAGCCAUACACAGCACUCUGAGGACACAGUGUUGUGAGGACCCAUACACAGCAUUCUGAGGACACAGUGUUGUGAGGACCCAUACACAGCAUUCUGAGGACACAGUGUUGUGAGGAGCUAUACACAGCACUCUGAGGACACAGUGUUGUGUGGAGCCAUACACAGGACUCUGAGGACACAGUGUUGUGUGAAGCCAUACACAGCACUCUGAGGAUCUAAUUGUUGACUGCGCUGACCACAUACAGAUCAUUGUUUCUAGUGCAUCUCAUUGACUGUCUGUUGACCAUCCAGAUAGGACCAUACCUAGUGGUUGCUGCAUAGAGGACAGCAAUCAACACAAACUGUAAUGACUGGACUAUAGAGGAUCCUGACAAGUGAACCACCAUACAGAGAGGUCUGGGAUCAGAUUUGGAACACACAUUGAAGAGCACAUACAGCAUUGUGAGAACCCAUAGAAGAACAGAGGAACUCUAGAGGAACAUCCUCAGGGAACCAUCCAGGACGGUAGACAGAGAAGCAUCCACAGUGGGUCUGUCCUCAGGAGGAGCUUGCAGACAUGCAUACCAUCCACGGGCUGUGUAGGAUCUGCAUCACUGCUAGACUGCCUCAGGUGACCAUCCUUCGAGGAAAAGACGGCUAUGGCUUCACCAUCUGCUCUGACUCCCCAGUGAGGGUUCAGGCUGUCGAUUCAGGUGGUCCGGCGGAUCAGGCAGGUCUGCAGCAGCUGGACACUGUGCUGCAGCUCAACGGUCAGCCUGUAGAACAGUGGAAAUGUGUGGAGGUCGCCCACGCCAUCAGAAACAGCUCCAAUGAGAUCAAGGUGGUGGUGUGGCGCACUGGGUCUGCCGCCAAGCCCAGUUUCGAGGGCCUCAUCCACCGGCCCUCCUACAAGCCCUCAUCCUCCUCCAACUAUGAUGCCCCCUCGCCCCCCACCAGGCGGCGGGACAGGUCCAAGGACCGGCUAGACCGGGACAUGUCCCCCCCGGCCGUGCCCCCCCUCCCUGCCCACCACAGGACCAGCCGCCGGGUGCUGGUCAACGGCUCUGAGGGGGCUGGCGGGGGAGGGUUAGGAUGGGUAGGGGUAGGGGGUGCGUGGGGGGAGAGGGGGCGCGUAGGAAGGGGGGCAGAGGAGGUGGAUGGUAAAGUCAGGAGCCAGACCCAUAGCCAGAGCCACACAGCCACGCUGAAGGGGACUAGAGUGAAGGCAUCCAACGGGGAUAACUACAUCAUCCUGGCCCCCAUCAACCCAGGAAGCCAGGUAUUGAGGCCUAUCUACCAGGACAAGCAUGGUACCCUGGCAGGGAGGAUGUACCCGCACCAGGCCAGCGUGCCCCAGACUCAAGGGGGUGGCGGUGCUCCACCUGGGGGUGUAGGUCUAGCAGGCCGGACCACCUUCCUAAGACGCUCCACUAACGCCAAGACAUCUAAACCAUCCGAUGCCAACCUCUUUGGCCAACCCCCACCCAGCUACCAGCAGGCCCAGAGCUCCUCCAACUUUGCUAACUACCAGAACUGUACUAUAGUACGCUCCCAUGUACCACACGGCAACCCGCACGGCAACUACGGCUACGUCAAAGCAGCACCUAAGAUCCUCAUCUUCCCCAUCUUUGUUCAGCCUCUGGACCUGUGUAACCCCACACGGACUCUGGUGGUCUCUGAGGAGAUGAUCCUCCACGAGAGCAAGCACCUCUCCAUUAAGGUGACAGUGUUCAUCUAUACAGACCUGAUGCUUGUGACCAGAGAGGAUGAACCAGGGAGAUGUAAUGUCCUACAGAACCCUCUAUUCCUCAGACAACUACGGCUACAGGACGAUUGUGCUGAAGAGCUGAAGUUCUAUCUCAUCCACAUGACUGAGAAGUGUGACUGCUUGCUCAGUCUGGAAGCCUACUCGGCUGACCAGAAGCGACGUGUGUGUCAGUGUCUGAAGGACAACAUUGAAAAGCAGCUCCAGCUCCAGAGGAGUGCGCCGUUCUCCCCUCCUGCUGACCAGAUGCUUGAGCCCAAAGUGGACACCCCUCCAUGUGAGCUGGGAGUAGGCCUAUCCCUGCCACGGGGCUCCGAAGAGGACCUCCUUUACCCCUACCCUUCUAGCCCCUCACUGCCCCUGACUCUGGGCAGCCCACAACCCUCUGAGCCCCUCACGCCCCUGGAGGAGGUCUGUAGCCCGCUGGGUGACGAAGAGGAGCACAAGGUGCCCCCCACCCCGCCCCCAUCCACCGAGGGAGAAGACUGCAAGAGCAUGGAGGGCACCGAGCCCGAGAUCUGGAGGGAUAGAGAGGAGGAGGUGGAGGAGGAGGAGGAGGAGAGGAAGGGUGAGGAGGAAGGAGAGAUAGAAGAGGGUGGGGAAAGAGAGGCAAUUCCCUCAGCGACGGAUGACGAGGCCCCGUCAGACCCCCCCGACACCAACGCCCCACCCUCCUCCUCCUCCUCCUCCUUCAUCAUUCCCGAACUCCGCCUAGACCGCUCCUUCAGCGCCAAUGCUCUCUCCUCACCCAACACCGACGAAGAGUACGACGAGGAUGAUGAAGAUGAUGAAGAAGAUGAUGAUGAUGAUGAUGAUUAUGAUGAAGAAGAUGACAGCGAUGAUGCCUACCCAGAGCGCCGCGACAGUAAGCGCCGCAGUAUGGUGGAGGGUUCUGCCUGCGAGAAGCAUGGCGGCCGGCUGAGCGUCCAGAACUCACUGCGGCGCCGCACGCAUAGCGAGGGCAGUCUGCUACAGGACCCACGCUCUACCUGCUUCACCUCAGACAACACCAUCAAUUGCCUGGACGCGAGCCACGGACACAAGGGGGGCUGGUCGCUGCCCUCGCCCAAGACCCUGAAGAAGGAGCUGACCAAGAACGGAGGCUCCAUGCACCAGCUCUGCAUGCUUUUCUCUGGCAGGAAGCUCAGUGCCGGAUCCCCAUGCAGCUGUGAAGUUGGCCCCGAAGGGUCCAAGAAGAAGAAAUCCAAGAACCUGGCCAAAGACAUGAAGAACCGGCUUGCUUUCCUGAGGAGGAGGAAUGAGUCUCCCGGAAGCAACCCACCCGGCAAAUUCGACAAAUCCUUGAAGUCAUCAGUAAAGCCCACCCCGGAGGAGGCACUCAAAUGGGGGGAAUCUCUGGACAAGCUGCUGGCCCACAAAUAUGGCCUGGCAGCGUUCAGAGCUUUCCUGCGCACAGAGUUCAGCGAGGAGAAUCUGGAAUUCUGGUUGGCGUGCGAGGAUUACAAGAAGAUUAAGUCGCAAUCCAAGAUAGCGUCCAAAGCCAAGAAAGUCUUCGCUGAAUACAUUGCCAUCCAGUCUUGUAAAGAGGUGAACUUGGACUCGUACACUCGAGAGCACACUAAGGACAACCUUCAGAAUGUGACGCGUUCCUGCUUUGACCUGGCCCAGCGCAGGAUAUACGGCCUGAUGGAGAAGGACUCGUACCCUCGUUUCCUCCGCUCAGAGCUCUACAUGGACUUAGUCAACCAGAAGAAGGCCAGCACCACGUCCACCUCCUCAUCGUCGUAAACACGCAGAGAUCAAGAUCGAAAGUGAGAGACGACGACGAAAGAGAGAAGGCAGAGACUUGAAAGCAGGGGGAGGUAGAUUUUUUUCAUGUUCGCCUUUUUGUUUUGUUUCUGCCUUCAUCCUGUCCCGUCAUGAGUUGGGUGUGAGAAAGACGGCGAGCUAGGCCGUGGCACUGAGGGGGGUGUUGUGUACACAACGACGAUGACAACAGGCUGAUGGAGGGCGGAUAGAGAGCCCAGUCAGGACAGCUGGUCACCGUCAUGUGAGGGCUUGUCCAAGGGUUUCUCGGAUCACUCUCAUUGAUCACUGUCUGUCGUUCAUAAUGACAUAUGUUAGUGUGUCCAUAUUUAAGUUAUCUUCCGGACGUACUGGAGAAAGGGUUGAAACCUCUGCAGACAUGAAGACAGUCCAGUACUGUGUUGAAGCAAAUGUUGUAUUUAGUCAUUUUUUUCACACCCCCCUAUCCUCCUCCUCCUUUGGAGCCUGUUGGUACGACACAGAGGUUUGUUUUGUCCUAGUUUUUCCAUGUCUCAAAGCUUUCAUGACCAUUUUCAAAUGGACUUGCGAGAAAAAGGAGAAAUUGGGUUGCUGGAUCAAUGUCUGAAUGAAAAGACGUUUUUUGAGCUUUUCUCUGUUGUCAUGUUCUCCAAUUCACGGCGUGCACACCUCUUUCAAGCACAGUCGGCACCUGUUCUGUUCAGCACCCUCUCACAGGGUCCCACCUCGUCGCAUUCAUCUAAAGAAUACGGCAAAAGACACAGAGACAGAGAGAGAGAGAGAGAGAGAGAGAGAAAGAUGGAGAAAAUACAAAUAUCAACAAUGGAACGGACCAAAACUGCAGAAAAGCAGAAAUGUGCCACUCACUCGAAAACAUAUUGGGGGGAAAAAAAGACUUGUUGCCUGUCUCCAAAGACUGUCGAAAAAAAAUGAGCAAUUCAUUGUAGCUCCACCUGGACUGAACAAGGCAGCAUUCUCAGGACAUUAAGGCACUUGACUAUGAAGCUUCCAAGCUUGAAUUUGUUUUUUUCAUUUUCGUUUUUACACAUACAAUGUUUCCUUUUUUUAAUUGUUUUAGGUUCAAACCUGCACUCCAUAGGUAUACUGAGCAAUACUGUUGGGAGGAUGCUCUUUUCAUAGACAUAAAAAAAGAAAAAAGUGCUUCACCUGUACAAAGGUUUGCCUAUUUAUUUAGAUACCAUGCCGGAUGCUUCACCCAUUGCACUCAGCUAAAAGCGCUCCCUCCCCCUAACCAUGAAAUAGGUCCACCGCUGUCCUGACUUUAAGUGCAAUAUGUUAUUGUUUAUUUUCCUUUUUUUUGGGGGAUAAGUUUCAAUUUUGAUUGGAAAGACAAUGGCUUGAUCUCUGUGUUAUACACUUUAUUUGUAAGAGUCAUGUUGCAAAAUUCAGCUAUAAGGUUGAUUUGACAGUUGAAGUAAAUAAACAAGAAAAGACACAUGAAUUAAACAAGUCAUUCUUACUGUGUACCCUGGCAGCAGGCAGCUAGGGGUUUAAGGAUGUACAUAUCAUUCUUUAAGAAAACAAGAGGUUUCACUUGCGUCGAGCUGGAACCUGGCUGUAUCUAUGUAAAUAUGAGAGACUCAAAGCUAUAAGAUGACAUGUAUUGUUAUAAAAAAAAAACGAGGAAGGUCCACCCUUUCCUGGUCAUACAAUGCUUGUCAGGAGUUUAUGAAGUUUAUGAAAUGUGUUUGAUCAUUUUCACUGUUUACAAUUCAAACCCAACUCCUAAGAUAGCAAGCAAAAAAAAAGACAAUAGAAAUACAUUUGGUGUCAUUGCUGAAGAUAAAUAAAAACAACCAACUGGUGAAAUAAUAAAUCAUUUCUCUGAAAUUUCA